AUUUUGCAAUCCAAUUAGACGUCUGGCGAACUUGCUGUGAUGUAACGCGUUCAAAACAACACUUUUUAAAACAUUUACACUGCGAAAGACACUGAAUUCACAAAAUUUACGGAGUGCACGAGAGACCCCGAAAAAUCCAAGUCCUCCAUUAGUAUCGAUCGGUAAGCGCGGUAUGUGGACCGUAUAAACUUCAUACCAAGGGGUCGCCAUUUUGUACGAGUCUGCGCGGUGUGGUUUUCGUAUGGAAAGGGAAAUCGCCCCUCUGCCUGAGGGGGGACCGGAAUCGAAGCUUUGAAUUAGACAAGAUGUUCCGUAAGUCGUUUCUACAACAGUUGCGCUUCGCACACAGCACAGUGUCGGAAAAUAGUCGACCGUACUGGAAAAAGAAUCCGCAUCUGGACACGAUAAUCCGCGUGGACCAUGCAGGCGAGCUGGGCGCCGACCGCAUCUACGCGGGGCAGAUGGCGGUGCUGGGCAACACCCCUGAGGGCCCGCUCAUCCAGCACAUGUGGGACCAAGAGAAAAAGCACCGCGCCAAGUUCGAGGACCUCAUCAACGAGUACAGAGUGCGACCCACUGCUCUCACACCGAUAUGGAAUGUGGCGGGUUUCGUACUUGGCGCCGGGACCGCGCUACUUGGCAAAGAAGCAGCAAUGGCUUGCACCGUAGCAGUCGAGACCGUCAUAGUGGACCACUACAACGACCAGCUCCGAACUCUCAUGGAGGACCCCAACAUCGACAAAGACAUACUGGAGACCAUCACCAAGUUCCGCAAUGAGGAGCAGGAACACCACGACACUGGUAUUGACCACGGCGCCGAACAAGCUCCCUUCUACAAGGCUUUGACUGAGGUUAUCAAGACUGGUUGCAAAGCUGCCAUCGCUAUUUCCAAAAAGGUCUAAAUUUAUGAUGAUUGAUUUCAAUGUAUGCAAUGGUUAAUGUUGGUGUUUUGUUUGUUAUCCGUUUUACAUAAAUAUAAGUAUGUGUUGCAA